GGUGGGAACCAGCGUGAACUUGCUCGGCAAAAGAACCUGAAGAAGGCUCAGGAGAUCCACAAAGGGAAAAGGAAAGAGGAUAGCUUGUCUGCUUCUCAGAGAAAACAGCGAGACUCUGAAAUUAUGCAGCAAAAACAAAAAGCAGCUAAUGAAAGGAAGUCUUUGCAGGCAGGAGCAAAAUGAGCUGCCUGUGUGGAGAAGAUGGAGUGCACCAAUGAAGCAGAAGCGCCUAGAAGAUACUCAUGAAAGUGUCUGGCCAUUAAAUGAUUAAACGUCUAUCUUGCAGAAUUGUUCAACUAGCAUUAGUUUAGAGUAUUUUCUGGUUAGCGUAGGCUUAGUUGUCUGGAGUGCUAUUUCACAACUGACUACACUCUUCUGCAUGCAUAUGAAUAAAAGUACCAAGCAAUAGCUUUA